UGGCACACAACUAGCUACCCAAUAGCCUGAGAAGAUCAGAAUGCCGGCUGUGCAACAUGCACCGAGACGAGCCAUGCGUCGACCCCGAAAGGCUUGUGUCGAGUGUAGGCGAAUGAAGAUCAGAUGUCUCGCGGUUACGGAUGACGGCCCAGCCGGCUCCAUCUGUCAACGCUGUGAGGCAUUCGGGACUACAUGCGAAUACGUUGCAAGGAAACGAAGAGAAGGCAGACAUCAGAGAUCGCCUGAAUACCGCGCUCCCAUGCAACUAGGCGAUCAAGUUCAUCUAUCGCGAGCCGCUACGAAAGACCUGAGUGAACAACCUGAAGAUCGAUACAUGACAGAUCGUACCACAUCAGAAUCCUGGGAUGGUGGACUUCACGUAGACGAUGGAGGUCAAGAGCCGAUCGAGGUAGACUUGGGGGCAUCUACCAGAAAGCCAAAUUGGGAGCUCGGAGGUUCCGAUAUGCCUACCUUUCCUGCGACGACGUCCCAUAGUUUCGACCCCUCUCAGUGGGGCUCAACAGCGUGGCGAAUACCUGACUAUCCUCCUACCAGGAGUUCUCGGGUGAAAGAUCAUACCUCCAGUACAGUAGCAGCAAGAGGACGAGGCAGUUCUAUGACUGCCGAGCUUGUGGACCGCAUCGCGCCCCACACGACAUCCGCACGCGGCCAAUACCAACAAUCCAGUCCGAGCCAACAGACCAUACCGAUGCCCGAUUCUGGACAGAUCCUGCCGAGUCCAGACUUUCCCUACCCAACCGGCAGCAGGCCUCUGUCCCACGACCUCGUUUCGCGGCUCAAUCCUAUCUCGCCGCAACCAGAUUCCUCGACAUCGUUUAAGGAUCUCGGAGGCGGUCGUACCGAUUCUAAGAUCGCGGAUGACGCAAUCUAUCUUGGUCUGGUCAGUCUUGCAGAAGCAGAAUUUCUGUUCCGAAAUUUCAUGGAAAAGCUUAGUCCCUUGAUCGGCCUCUUUGACCCAGACUACUACACGUUCAACCACGUACGGAAUCGGUCAUCGGCCUUGCUGUCCGCCAUAUGUUACGCUAGCUCCAAGUUCUUCCUCAAGCCCCUGACAGACAAGCUUUGGACUCACUGCCGGCGAGUGCUCGGCCGAGCCGUAGUCGACAGCGAGUGUACGCUCGAGCUGGUACAGAUGAUCUGUGUCUUGGUAUUCUGGAAGAAACCGACAGACCGAAACGCAUGGCUUGACGUCGGUAUCGCCGUCCGAAUGGCUCAACGAUUGAAUCUGAAGCAGAGCUCAAGGCAAGCGGGCCGAGACCCUGAGGACUUUCCCGAUGACAUGUCGCAGUUACAGGAGAGGUUUAAUCGCGAAAGGUCAUGGUACUGUAUUUUUUGUUUCGAUAGAACUUGGAGUGAGCUCCUGUUUGGCUUUCCAGGUAUGCUACAUCUAGACGAGACAGAGGAAAUCGAAACGUGGGCUAUCAAUACGGCUCGAUACGGUUCCAGGGGCGACUUUCAGUUGGCAUGCAGUGCGGCGUUCCGUUCGGCGUUCAAGACGAUACACAUCGCUCAGUCAAUCUUGAACGGGAAUGACGGCCCGCGCAGAUCCAUUGCUGGCGUCUCGAUCCAGAUGGCGGAACAGGACAUCCAAUCACAUCGAAAACGUUGGCUGUCUUCCGGGCCAUCCAGUCUCCUCUCUUGUCUUACUCCUGCUACCGUCGAGAUCUGUGAUACGAUAUCAGCUUGCCUCUGGUGCGAUAUCAAAGUGACACGGUACAAUAUGUGUCACGAAGGAGGAGCUCGAAUGGAUGUAUUACUGGCGUUUCAAGCGUUGGUCGACAAAGCGGCGGUCCUUGCGAAAUCGGAGCAUCUUCUAUACUGGUCGGACGGAUUGUCCACGAUGCUUACUCACCAAGGUGUCAGUGUAUAUAAGAUGUUCAAGGAUGGAACGGCAGAGGAGAAGAAACUGAUACAGGCAUCAUUCGCCACGACUCAUCGAUUCUGCCAUGAAUUGGCUGUAGACCAUCCGGAAUCGCCCUGCUUCCAUAUAGCAAAGUGUUUCGGUUAUCUUACGGGAUUUCUUGACAAGACCCUCGGCGAUCACUUGGAGGGUACAAAUCCCUUGGAAUCCGCGAUAAUGGCCAGUGCCUUCGAUGAUCUGGGCUGGCUGUCAAGCGACUUGGUCUUCUGGCAGAACGCUUUGGACGCGGGGCUUUUGUAAACGAAUCCAGAGGGAAGACGAAACACUGGAACAGAUUGAUUCUGCAGCCGUGCUAUAGAGACGUA